AUGCCACCACCAUCGCCCCCCUGUCCUUCUGACAGGGCCGCCGCUACCACCAAACCCAAGCCGAAAACAACUAAACCCCCAUCCGAACCCCUAACCCUACCCGUGCGAGCAGCUGAGAUCGCUGACACCCCCUCUUUUGAGAAGACGGUGCUCACCCUCGCCGACGUCAUUAAAAAGUGCCUCACGCCAACCGAGAAACAGAAAAGUGUCUCGGCUCUCAACAGGGACCUUGCUAUAAAGGCCGCAGAUGAAAUCUGCGACGCCCUGAAGAUCCACGGCAGAAUCAAAGAGUGCGCCCUCCCCACCCCAACUCCCUCUACACUUCCCACUGAUCCUACCAGCCAAUCCGUCCUCCUGGCGCUUAGCCGUAUCGAGGGCAAAAUUGACUCCCUCGACACCAAUCUUAAAACUAAUACCGAGCAGACAACUAAGAAAAUCACGGACUCUUAUGCGUCCAUAACAAAGAAGCUCGUUUCGAAGACCACGCCCAGCUCCGCCACCAAGCCUACUACGGCUACCAAAGUCGUGGUAGCCACACCCCCCACCACCAGGCCAGCCCUGGUGAUCACCACAAAAAAUAAGAACGCCAACCCGCAAGAGACAAUCACUGCCUUCAAGGAGACUGUCCCCUUCAGGGAAUUGGGGUACAAUCCGGCAAGGGUAGUCCCACUCAAAGGAGCCAUCAGGGUCGAGUUCGACUCCGAAAGGGAGCGUGACGACACCCUUAACCGCACGAAGACUGCUCCCAACUCCAAGGUCUCCGCGGAGGUCGCUCACCGACUGAGACCUAUGGUCAUCAUCAAGGGCAUCUCCAAGGAGGUACCCAGCGAAGAGCUCAUCGAUGUCAUCUUGGCUCAAAACCCCGAACUCGGUGAGUUUAAAAAUACUGACACCAACCAACACCUCACACUGAAAUUCAAGCGCAACAACCGCAAUGAGUCACUAUACAACGCAAUUCUCAUCACCUCUCCCGGUGCCUUCCGUGCCCUCAUCGCAAUGGGCAGAGUGCGAAUUGAUAUUUACAGAGUACAUGUCGAGGAGCACUCUCCCUUUUUACAGUGCCGUAAGUGUCUGCAGUUCGGACACACUGCUAAAAACUGCAAAAACCCCUCCGACCGCUGCGCACACUGCGCCGAGGAAGGGCACCUCUCUCAAAAUUGCCCAGCCAAGGACAAAACACCCAAAUGCUUUAACUGCACCAGACACAAUGCCCGAUUCCCGAAUAGCAAGCACGAAACUACACAUUCAUCCACCUCUCACACGUGUCCUAUCGUAAGGGCGAUGCGAACCAAGACCAACAACAAUAUUGAUUAUGGAUCUGCCCCACACUCCAUCGCCCUUGUGUCCGAGCCGUACCUGGGUUCCAGGAAGGAAGUCAAGCUUCCCUACGGAUAUCCCCUCAACAUCUUUCAAUUCCCCACUAAUUCUUCUUCUGUCAGAGCCUGCAUCAUUUCCAAACCACACGUCCAACUCUUCGGCAUCACCGAAUUUUCUUCCUCGGACCUAUGUGUGGUUCGGACGCAGAUAGGACACACACAGCUACACAUCGCCUCCAUCUACAUACCACCUCGACACGACCACUCAGACACACUUACACUCAUCGAACACUUUUUACAACACAACACGCACACGCAAUGCAUUCUGGGGGGCGAUCUCAACGGAUGGAACCCUCUAUGGGGUAGCGACCGUCGCAACGCCCGCGGAGUCAGGGUAGAGGAGCUGGCCGACGCAUACGGCCUGUACGUGUGCAACACCGGCUCCACUCCCACCUUCGAGGCCUUUACCAACGGACGUACUCGCUCCUCUAUUAUAGAUAUCACACUCGCCACAUAUCCCAUACACAAUCACAUCACUGACUGGAAGGUGAACAUGGAAGCUUGCCCGUCAUCUCAACACAACGCAAUAGACUAUACACUCAACUACAACCCCUCUCACUCAUACAACACCACUAGACAACACACUAACUCAUCCACCUUCCUCUACAAAAGUCACAAGGCAAACUGGUCUAAGUUCAAGAGCUCGCUCUCUACACUUAUGACCAACACAGAUAUCCUCGACACCCAAGUCGGAACGCUCGACCGUGAAGACUUGGAACUCCUCAUUACACACAUCACCGAAACUAUACACACCGCCUGCAAGGAGUCAAUGCCCAUCCGGGCCUCUGACUCCAAGGCCAGGCCCCCUUGGUGGUCCGAGUCCCUGGAAUCCCGGAAGCGGGAAGUCAUAGGUUUCCAUCGGGCGCUACACGCGGCCAAAAGAGACGGGCAGCCUACCGACUCUCUUGCCAGCCAGCUCCACGAUCUUAAGAACAUCUACGCCAGCGAGCUUAGGAGCGAAUCCACGACUAAAUUUAGGGAAUUCUGCGAACUCCAGACAAAGGAGAACGUAUGGUCCCUCACGAAUAGGCUCCUAAAGGAAUCGGGCCCACGACGCCCCCCCACUUCUCUAAAAAUCGACAAUCGAUUCACCACCGACGAGAAAGAUACAGCACAAGCUCUACUGGACAAUUUUUACCCGAACGACACAUCCGACUCUCACCCCAGACACCACGAACUAAGAGCUGCCUCCCAUACGUUCCCCGACACCGAACCCGACCUCCCAUUCACCUCCCAAGAGAUCCACGAGAUACUGGACAACAUGAGCCCCAAAAAGGCUCCCGGACUAGACCAUCUCACUUCCGACAUAUGUAGACAGUUUACUCUCCAUUAUCCCGACCUAGUUACUGACAUUAUGAACCGCUGCCUGACUUUACAGUACUUCCCCAAACAGUGGAAGGAAGCCUUCGUUAAGAUCAUACCUAAACCCUCCAAAACUGACUACACUGACUUGAACUCUUACAGACCGAUCGGACUCUUGCCUGUUUUCGGAAAAGUCCUCGAGAAGCUCUUUGUCCAGCUUUCGGAAAAGUCCUCGAGAAGCUCUUUGUCCAGCGGAUCACCUUCGCCGCCAUGA